AUGGCGGGCGGCCGUGUUGCACUUGCAGCUUGGACAUGUCCCCCCUUUCAAGUGAGGAAUACAGGUAUGCCGGCAGGACAAUUCAAGAACAUUUCUGGGAUUGAGACGUACCACUCCUACCCACCAGGGAGUAACACAUCAACCAAAGCAAUAUUAUUCAUCUCGAACCUAUCUGGUAUUUCACUUUUGGAGAAUAGGAUUCUCGCCGACUCCAUUGCAGCCAAUGGCUACCUCGCUGUGAUGCCAGACCUAUUCGAAGGCGAAGCUAUUGAUGAAGAUGCUGGACAGGAUUUAACUGAUUGGCACGCACGGCACCCUGAAGAGAAAAUUGAUCGCAUCAUCAACAUAACAAUCAGAUACUUGCGGGAGGAAGUUGGUGCCCAACGGAUCGGUGGUGUCGGUUACUGUUUUGGCGGAAAAUACGUUCCGCGCUUUCUUUCCGGUGGUCGAGGCAUUGAUGUUGGGUUUAUCGCACACCCGAGCUUCCUAACCGAGACAGAGAUCGAGGGCAUCACCAAUCCCAUCAGCAUUGCUGCUGGGACACUUGAUGAGGCCUUCAAUAUGUCAUCUAAAGUCCGUGCGGAGAAUAUACUGGGCUCGAACAACGUGACUUUCCAGUCCAACCUGUACUUUGCUGCGCCGCACGGGUUCGCAAUCAGUGUCAAUCAGAGUAAUCCACAGCAGGCGUAUGUGAAGGAAGCAUCUUUUGUUCAGGCAGUUACUUGGUUUAACACUUGGCUCUGA